GCCUCUGUGAAGCUGGGUGUGCCUGAAGAGGAGGAGGAGGAGGAGGAGGCUCUGCCCCUCCAAGCGCGGCCUCCCAUGGACACCAAGACUCAGAGCCUUCCCAACGCCCACACCCAGCCCCAUAGCAACUCUGGGCCCCAAAGCCACGCCUGCAACCAGUGCAGCUGCAGCCACCACUGCCAGAACUGCAGCCAGAGCUGCAGCCGAAGCCAGAGUUGCAGCCGGAGCCGGAGCUCCAGUCAGAGUCCAACAGGCCACCGCAGUCUACCUGGCCACCAGAGCCAGAGUCUGAGCCCCAGCCCAUCACCAAGGCAUCGCAAACGUGCCAUGCACUCCCACCGCUGCCCCUCUCGGCCCGGCAGCCGCUCCUGCAGCCACUCCAAGAAAAGGAAGAACGUGGAGGGGAAGGCGAACAAGAGGAAGGGAAUCAAGAGGAGCCAGCAGGUGUACAAAACUAAGAGGCGGAGCUCAGGGCGAAAAUACAACUGAGAAGACACCCCAAGGCUUGUUCCUGUGUCGGUUUCACCCAGAUGAGAAACGCCAUCACACGUGGAAUGCUGGAAGGAAGAAGUCAAACUUUUGGCAGGAACAUGUUACUACAUUGAUUUCUAUGCAACAUUGAGUAAAGCUUGUACACAGGAUGACUUAGCCUUGAGUUGGCAUUUUGAUUUCACUAAAGGGGGUCACGUGUUUGGGGGCCUGGUUUAGAAGCACAAAGCAGGGAAGUGGCUGGGUAAGGAGGAGGGCCAUGUCCUGUGACAGUCACUCAUGGAAGUAUAAGGAGCCAGUCCUGCCACAGGGGCAGAAAUGAAAGGCAGCUG